AUGGGGACUCCCAGGGCCCAGCACCCGCCGCCUCCCCAGCUGCUGUUCCUAAUUCUGCUGAGCUGUCCCUGGAUUCAGGGUCUGCCCCUGAACGAAGAAGAGGCACUGUCAGAGCCUGGAAGUGAGGCCCCCACAGCAGCCUCUGAGGCUUUGGCCGAGCUGCUCCAUGGGGCCCUGCUGAGGAGGGGUCCAGAGAUGGGCUACCUGCCGGGAUCUGAUCCAGACCCCACACUAGCCACCCCUCCAGCCGGCCAGACUCUUGCAGCGCCCUCCCUGCCACGGGCCACUGAGCCAGGGACAGGGCCUCUGACAACAGCUGUAACCCCUAAAGGGGGCAGGGGUGCCGGCCCCACCGCACCAGAGCUGCUGACCCCGCCCCCGGGAACCACGGCCCCGCCCCUUCCUGGCCCCGCCUCCCCAGGCCCGCCCCUCGGGCCUGAGGGAGGAGAGGAGGAGACCACGACCACGAUCAUCACCACAACAACUGUUACCACCACGGUGACCAGCCCAGUUCUGUGUAAUAACAACAUCUCGGAGGGCGAAGGGCACGUGGAGUCUCCAGAUUUGCGGAGUGCCGCCAGCCGCAUGGCAGGGCUCCUGGACUGCACAUACAGCAUCCACGUCUACCCCGGCUACGGCAUCGAGAUCCAGGUGCAGAUGCUGAACCUAUCUCGGGAGGAAGAACUCCUGGUGCUGGCUGGUGGGGGGUCCCCAGCCCUGGCCCCCCGACUCCUUGCUAACUCCUCCAUGCUGGGAGAAGGACAGGUCCUUCGGAGUCCAACCAAUCGGCUGCUCCUGCACUUCCAGAGCCCACGGGUCCCCAGGGGCGGUGGCUUCCGGAUCCACUAUCAGGCCUACCUCCUGAGCUGCGGCUUCCCUCCCCGGCCGGCCCAUGGGGAUGUGAGCGUGACUGACCUGCACCCUGGGGGCACUGCCACCUUCCACUGUGAUUCAGGCUACCAGCUGCAGGGUGAGGAGACCCUUAUCUGCUUCAACGGCACCCGGCCAGCCUGGAGCGGUGAACCCCCCAGCUGCAUGGCAUCCUGUGGUGGCACUAUCCACAAUGCUACACUGGGCCGCAUCGUGUCCCCUGAGCCUGGGGGAGCGGCAGGGCCCAACCUCACCUGCCGUUGGGUCAUUGAAGCAGCUGAGGGACGCCGGCUUCACCUGCACUUUGAGAGGGUCUCACUGGAUGAGGACAAUGACCGGCUGAUGGUGCGCUCAGGCGGGAGUCCCCUCUCCCCAGUCAUCUAUGACUCGGACAUGGAUGACGUCCCAGAGCGGGGUCUCAUCAGUGAUGCCCAGUCCCUCUAUGUGGAGCUGCUUUCAGAGACACCUGCCAAUCCCCUGCUGCUAAGCCUCCGAUUUGAAGCCUUUGAAGAAGAUCGCUGCUUCGCUCCCUUCCUGGCACACGGCAAUGUCACCACCACGGACCCUGAGUACCGCCCAGGGGCACUGGCCACUUUCUCGUGCCUCCCAGGAUAUGCCCUGGAGCCCCCUGGCCCCCCAAAUGCCAUCGAAUGUGUGGAUCCCACAGAACCCCACUGGAACGACACAGAGCCAGCCUGCAAGGCCAUGUGUGGAGGGGAGCUGUCAGAGGCGGCUGGUGUGGUCCUCUCUCCCGACUGGCCCCAGAGCUAUAGCCCCGGCCAGGACUGCGUGUGGGGCCUGCACGUCCAGGAAGAGAAGCGCAUCUUGCUCCAAGUUGAGAUCCUGAAUGUGCGUGAAGGGGACAUGCUGACACUGUUCGACGGGGACGGUCCCAGCGCCCGAGUCCUGGCCCAGCUGCGGGGACCUCAACCGCGCCGCCGCCUCCUCUCCUCUGGGCCUGACCUCACGCUACAGUUCCAGGCACCGCCAGGGCCCCCAAACCCGGGCCUGGGGCAGGGUUUCGUGUUGCAUUUCAAAGAGGUCCCGAGGAACGACACGUGCCCGGAGCUGCCACCUCCGGAGUGGGGCUGGAGGACGGCCUCCCACGGGGACCUGAUCCGGGGCACGGUGCUUACUUACCAGUGCGAGCCUGGCUACGAGCUGCUCGGCUCCGACAUCCUCACCUGCCAGUGGGACCUGUCCUGGAGCGCGGCGCCGCCCGCCUGCCAAAAGAUCAUGACUUGCGCCGACCCUGGUGAGAUCACCAACGGGCACCGUACCACCUCAGACGCUGGCUUCCCUGUGGGCUCCCACGUCCAGUACCGCUGUCUGCCCGGGUACAGCCUGGAGGGGGCGGCCGUGCUCACCUGCUACAGCCGGGACACGGGCACACCCAAGUGGAGCGACCGGGUCCCCAAGUGUGCCUUGAAGUAUGAGCCGUGCCUGAACCCAGGGGUGCCAGAGAACGGCUAUCAGACGUUGUACAAGCAUCACUACCAGGCCGGCGAGUCUCUGCGCUUCUUCUGCUACGAGGGCUUUGAGCUCAUCGGCGAGGUCACCAUCACCUGUGUGCCCGGCCACCCCUCCCAGUGGACCAGCCAGCCCCCACUCUGCAAAGUGGCCUAUGAGGAGCUCCUGGACAACCGAAAACUGGAAGUGACCCAGACCACAGACCCAUCGCGGCAGCUGGAGGGUGGGAACCUCGCCUUGGCCAUCCUGCUGCCCCUAGGCCUGGUCAUUGUCCUCGGCAGUGGCGUUUACAUAUACUACACCAAACUACAGGGAAAAUCCCUCUUCGGCUUCUCGGGCUCCCAUUCCUACAGCCCCAUCACUGUGGAGUCAGACUUCAGCAACCCACUGUAUGAAGCUGGGGAUACACGGGAGUAUGAAGUUUCCAUCUGA